CUGACUGGAGUUCACAAAAAAAAGUUUCUCUUUCCAAACUUUCGUUCCAACUUUAACUUUUAACUUUUUUGUCAUAUUUAGUGACGAAUUAAUUAAAAACGAGGUCUGGCCAUCGAUCUUCGUCACGCCGAGUAAGGGCCAACUAGUGCACUCACCCACCCCGAAUAGCGACAGUUGGCCCUGUUGAUUACAGCAAAGUUUUCUUCUAGUUUUUUUUGUUUUAAAGUGAAAUAUACGAUAAACACGACUGAUAGAUAAGCCAUGUCGCAAACCAGGAUGCUCCAAACGGGACAGAACCAAGGAAGUCAAGUGGGGGACAAUAAUCGUCCCGAAACCAUUAUCACAAUCAACAUUAACGGUGUCCCGGUCACACCCAUUCAACGUGUUUUCCUUCAACGAGAUUACAGAGAGGGAGUGGCGAUCCGAUUCAUGACAGAUUUUCCUGUAGAGCUAAAUGGUCUGAUUGAUCCAGGCGCUUUUGAGUACACGGUGAAGAAAAUUAACUCAAUUUUCCGUGAAGCUGAAGAAUUCACUUGCACAACGUUUUGCGAAUCAUGUCUUGGAUUCCUGACUGCAAACCUGUACUGGUUUUGUAGAGAUUCACGCUACCAACAGGCUUUGAAGAGUAUAUCUAAAUUUAUCCGGGAACAGAAUCAGUGUGUUUAUCUACCAAAUUCCCUUUAUGUUACGGAUCCUGUUGUGCGAGGUUUGAGAUGUAUCGAGAUUAGCGUGGUUGCAGAUCCACUCCAACUACAACAGAGAUCGUCCUCUUCCUAAUAAGCAGCAACUAUUUAUAAAGUUCUCCAAAUGCAUAAUAAUACUACCACCUAAAUAUUUAUCUAAACCAACUUAAUAAUCAAGUAACAGAAUCGAGAAGAACGUUAGCAUAAGUUAAGUUGUUACGCAUUAAGCGCCUCUCUCACAUAUUGUUCAUUUUAUAUUUUGCCCACCAACAAACCAACCAGCCGUACGUAUGUCCAUUUUCAUGUGAAUGGAACUCAAUUAAAAGUAUUAUUUAUUUGUAACAAUUUGACUCUCUCUGUACAAAGAAAAAAGUGAUCAAUAAAAAUUUUUUAUGAAAUGUA